UCCCCCUCUACCGCCGGCUCCGGAUCUGAUCCCUGAUCCCUAAUUCCUAGAUCCCUGGUCCCGCCAUGGGAGCCUGAGCGUCCCACAUUGCCCCCGGCCCCCUGCCCUGGGGCCUUGAGGGGGCAGAGGCAGCCGUCUGGGACGGAGAGGGUUGAUCAGACUCCGGAGCCCCCUCCACACCCUCGCAGUCCGCGCUGCCGGGCCGGGAACGCGGAGUUCCAAGCGACCCCGAGCGCUGCGGAUACAAAGGUGCCGGGCCGAGCGGGACGCCCACGGAACCCACCCGGCAGGUCACAGCGGCGGGAGCGUCGCUUGAUUUUCUCUGAGACAGGCCCACCCGUCCAGCAAAAUAGAGUCCCUCAGGGUGACGGUUGAUUUCCUGAAGGUGCCCCUAGGCCUGAAGAAGCCGGUGCUGAAGGAGGUGCUUGUGGGCCGCCCCCCAAGGCCCCAGCCUGUGGCUCUGGAGCGCUACAAGGCACGGCGUUCAGACGCCAUGGACACCGAGUCCCAGUACUCGGGCUAUUCCUACAAGUCAGGCCACUCUCGCAGCUCCCGCAAGCACAGGGACCGUCGGGAUCGACACCGCUCUAAGAGCCGAGAUGGGAGCCGUGGGGACAAAUCGGUGACAAUCCAGGCUCCAGGGGAACCCCUGCUGGACAAUGAGUCCACGCGAGGGGAUGAGCGGGAUGACAACUGGGGGGAGACGACCACUGUAGUAACAGGCACCUCAGAGCACAGCAUCUCUCACGAUGAUCUCACACGCAUCACCAAGGACAUGGAGGACAGUGUCCCGCUGGACUGCUCCCGUCACCUGGGGGUCGCAGCGGGGGCCACACUGGCGCUGCUCUCCUUCCUCACACCGCUGGCUUUCCUGCUCCUGCCCCCUUUGCUGUGGCGGGAGGAACUGGAGCCCUGUGGGACAGCCUGCGAGGGCCUCUUCAUCUCUGUGGCCUUCAAGCUCCUCAUCCUGUUGCUGGGCAGCUGGGCCCUGUUCUUCCGCCGGCCCAAGGCCUCGUUGCCCCGUGUCUUCGUGCUGCGUUCCCUGCUCAUGGUGCUCGUUUUCCUGCUUGUUGUGUCCUACUGGCUCUUCUAUGGCGUGCGUAUCUUGGACGCGCGGGAGCGCAGCUACCAGGGUGUGGUACAGUUUGCCGUGUCGCUGGUGGACGCCCUGCUCUUUGUGCAUUACCUGGCAGUAGUCCUGUUGGAGCUGCGCCAGCUGCAGCCUCAGUUCACACUCAAGGUCGUGCGUUCCACCGAUGGGGCCAGCCGCUUCUACAACGUGGGCCAUCUCAGCAUUCAGCGCGUGGCAGUGUGGAUCCUGGAGAAGUAUUACCAUGACUUCCCUGUCUACAACCCUGCCCUUCUCAACCUGCCCAAGUCCGUCCUGGCCAAGAAAGUGUCUGGCUUCAAGGUGUAUUCCCUCGGAGAGGAAAACAGCACCAACAACUCCACGGGCCAGUCCCGAGCUGUGAUUGCAGCAGCGGCCCGGAGGCGGGACAACAGCCACAAUGAGUACUACUAUGAGGAGGCCGAGCAUGAGCGGAGGGUGCGCAAGCGGAGGGCCAGGCUUGUGGUGGCAGUGGAGGAGGCCUUCACUCACAUUAAGCGGCUGCAGGAAGAGGAGCAGAAGAACCCCAGGGAGGUGAUGGACCCUCGGGAGGCAGCCCAGGCCAUCUUUGCAUCCAUGGCCCGUGCCAUGCAGAAGUACCUCCGGACCACCAAGCAGCAGCCUUACCACACCAUGGAGAGCAUCCUACAGCACUUGGAGUUCUGCAUCACGCAUGACAUGACGCCUAAGGCCUUUCUGGAGCGGUACCUGGCGGCCGGACCCACCAUCCAGUAUCACAAGGAACGCUGGCUGGCCAAGCAGUGGACACUGGUGAGCGAGGAGCCAGUGACCAAUGGGCUUAAGGAUGGCAUUGUUUUUCUUUUAAAACGCCAGGACUUCAGCCUAGUGGUCAGCACCAAGAAGGUUCCGUUCUUCAAACUCUCCGAGGAAUUUGUGGACCCCAAGUCACACAAGUUUGUUAUGCGACUGCAGUCUGAGACCUCUGUGUGAGACACGUGGGCUCCUGGAGCAGUGGUAGGGGUUCAGGACUAGGCGCUUAGCCUAGCCAUAUUCCCAGCUGAUCUUCUCCCUCUUGUUCUUGUUUUGUUUUUUUUCCUUACUUGAAUUAACUUACUCCACAUCCUGUCUCCUCCCCUCUUCCUUAUUCACCCCAUGUGCACCUGGAAAGACCAUCCUGCUGUCAACAGUAUCUGGGAACUUCUCUCUUUCCCACACUUUUGUAUCAUUCCAGGCCCUGUAGGAAUCAGUGCCUCUCUUGAUCUCCUUUUGCUGGAUGACAGUCUUUUCUGAAAGUGCACAGGACACUCCUGAGCCCCCACUCUCGAACCCAGGUGUUUGUGGCUGUUCUUUCCAGUGGCCCCCAACAAGGUGUCUCUGGGGGGCACAGACAUGACUCCAGAUAACCACAGUGCCAAACUCCUCCGUGGCAGCAGCUCCUCAUGACCUUCAGACAGCAGGUGAUCCAUUCCUCCUGCCACUCACACCACCUGUAGUGAACCCUGAGUUUUUGGGGUAGGGACAUGCUUGUGUCCCUCUACACUGUCCCAGAGUUAGGGAUUCCCUACCAGGGUUAUUUUCUUCCAGCUGUUAGAGCCUCCCUUCCCCAUCCACACAUAUUCAGAGCAAAGAAAGAUCUCUCCUUUACCCUGAAAUCUCUGCCUUCUGUUUCUGACUUGUAUGGUCAUGUGUGACUAUGGGCAAACUAAGGCAGAAACCCUCUGUGAUGCCCUUUCCUAUGACCUUUCUUCCAGUGGCUCUUUCCUAGGCAGCCCCUGAGGGAAAGGCAGGAGAGACCCCCGUGAACAUCACCGACCCCUGGCCUUUGAACCUGCCCUCACUUUCAUUGCCACCUUGGUGGGGCUGGUUCCCCUUCUCAGUGAAAGAUGGCAUGUAGACUCCUGUACAAAAUUAGUGGUUUGCAGACCCCAACCCAACCCCGGUGGUCUUAGGCAAAUGUUUUUCUUUCCUUCACCAGCUACCCCCAGUUCUGCUGUCCCAUCUGUCAGUUCCAGAGACCUGUAGCCGCAUCUCUUUUUUUGAGAGGACCCAGCAGCUCCUCUUUACCCCCUGCCUUAAGUCCACUUUUUUGCCUCAGGGGUCUCUUUUCCUUGGCUGGCCAGGGUCCCCUCCUCUUCUCCCUCUGCCUGGUUCUCUGGGCUCUGGCCUUCCUCUAUAUUGGGGUGAGGGACCAGUAUUGCUGCCUUUUGUGGGUAUUUAGCCCCUUACUCCAUCUAGCUUCCACAGUCUGCACCCAAUCUGAAUUCUUGAGAAUUUCCAUCUUAUUUUGAGCAAAAUUCUCUCGCCCUCUAAUACGUAUAUUCAGUGUAAAUCUGAGCCUUUAAAUCAUGUAGUUUUAGCCAAGGGGAAUAGAACUAGGAAACAUACAGAUACCUCCAGCCAGGAUCCAUGUGGCAGAAGGUUCUGGUGGCUGAGCUGAAGUGUGCCCCUGAAUCAGUCCUCUAAGUAACUCACAAUGCCCUUUAUAGGCUUGUCUUUCCCCUGGUUGUUGCCUUGCAGGGUGCACCCUGGGGUAAGAUCCCCACAAUGUGGCAGGAGGGAGGCUUCCUGUUUGUAUAAUGGCAGUCCUGGGCUUGGUGGAGCCUAGUGAUUGACGUUUCUCCCGCUCUCCUUUCUGAAAAAGUGUAUCUGUCCACCUACCACUUACUAGAGAAGGGCUCAUCAGCCAGUGCUUAUCUUAUCCCCACAGGGUUGGGUUGCAGGGCUGCCUUAGGCAGGGCCUGGAGGUCUGCCUUGGGCUGGGGCUGUGGGUUUUUGGAUAGCCCUGAGUGAAGUACAUCGUCUCUUGGGGGUCUUAGGAAGUUAUCUUUUCUUCUCUUGAAAGACCUGGUUUCAGAGGAGCUCCCUCAGAGUCACAUUUCUAAAUACCUCACUAUCCUGGAAAAUGGGGUUUGGGUGGUCAAUUGGGGUCAUUGCCUUUGUGGGCAGAAGUACGAUGUGGUGUGGUUUGAGGAACGAGUUGGGGCAGGGAGAGGGAAAGUAUUUGGGAUCUUAGUUAAUGCCCUAGGUUAGGGGCUGGGAAGUGUUUAUUUUAAGAACCUGCCAUGUUUUUAAUCACUGUGAUUUUUCAUUCCUUUUUCUGGAAACGAAACAAAAAAUAUUUCCCUUAACUCUCUCUCUAAGCACUAAGGGCUGUGACAGAAUGUUAGUGUUUUGGUCCUUUAUAUCAGAACUGUGGUAUCUUUGUGUUCUUUGAUUAUUAUUAUUUUUUUAAAAAAUGUCAGGAUGAAUUGUCAAGUGUGGCUGUGUUUGUCUUUUGUUUCUCUUAUAUGGGAGGUUGCCUUCAUGCUGUGAACUACUGUGGAGCGUGCAGCUGAGUCAGUCCCUCUGAGCAGUGUCCCCUACUUUGCCUGUCCUAUCACUCACUGGAUUUUCUCAUUCUUCCCAUGUGGGGAUGUGACCACCUGUUGCCAACCUUUCUCACCCUGAAUCACCAUAGGGGAUGCUAUGGCUGGGUCUCCCCAGUGCUCUUUUUUUCUGUGACUACUUGGCAUCUUAGUAUAUUCCUAUUAUACUUAUUAGGCUUUCCUUUUCAUCUCCUUGGAACACUUGUCCUCCUUCCCUCCAUAUCAGGAAACUGUGCCUCAGUUCUUCACCUACCUCGCCACUUUGCUACUGGUCCCUUUCUCUAAACUACUCUUCUGCUCUGUUUAUUCUAGUUUAUUUCCCUUUAGUGUCUCAUGUUUCUUCUCAUCCUCCCACCAUUUUAGCCCUUAAUUUCUCGCUUCCCCACCCCCACCUCAGUAUUCCUGUUGCAGACCCUGACAUUGGGAUCCCUGAACCUCAUCUCACACAUCCAUUUUUCAGAGUUUGUGCUUCUCUUCUGUUGGGCCCGGAUGAGCUCCCUGACUCUCUGUGGUGCCUGUCAGUCUGUCUUCUUGUUGGUCUGCCCUCCCCACGGGCAGCAUCUGCUGAUGGACUUGGUUCUGGUGUGUGAUUGUUGUGAUUCGUUCUUUUGUGUGUGAAAGAAAGGGGGCUUUUUGAGUCCCUUCCAAGUGAGAUUGUAAAUGUAGAAUUUUCUACUGUUGGAUAUAGAUUUUUUUCUUUUUUUGGGUUACAGAGCUGAGACCUUGUGCAUGCAUGUAGAAAAUUGUAAAAUGUAAAUUUUUUUUUAAUAUAUAAGAAGCUUGUUUUUACAGUUUGCAGUGGAUCUAAACAUUAUGGCAAUUUUAGGGUUUUUUUCGUAAGCAUAGGAUCUAAAACUGUACAUUUUUUUU